CUGUUGAUGAAUGAUUUCCAUGUGAAAUAGGAAGAAAUUAAGAAGGAAAGAAAAGUAAAAUGUUUCAGAAUCGCAGACCAAAGAAAAAGCAAAUAGAAACAAAAGAGAUUGAGAAACUUAUCCAAGCUUAUGACGAGAUUGGAAAAACAACAAUUCAGAGUUUCAGAGAUUUUCCUCUAUCUCAAAAAACACAAAAAGGGUUGAGAGAUGCCAAGUAUGAAAAACCAACUGACAUUCAAAGAGAAUGUAUUGGAUUAGCUUUGAAAGGAAGAGAUAUAUUAGGAGCUGCAAAAACUGGUUCAGGAAAAACAUUAGCAUUUUUAAUACCAAUUUUAGAGAGUCUCUACUUGGAAAGAUGGACCACUUACGAUGGCUUAGGUGCAUUGGUAAUCACACCUACAAGAGAAUUGGCAUAUCAGAUUUUUGAAGUUUUGCGUAAAAUAGGAGCUUACCAUGACUUUUCAGCUGGUCUGAUUAUUGGUGGAAAAGAUUUGAAAUUUGAACGGAAACGUAUGGACAAAUGUAAUAUAAUUAUCUGCACACCUGGAAGAUUGCUUCAGCAUAUGGAUGAGAAUCCUCUGUUUGAUUGUACACAUUUAAAAAUGUUGGAAUUACAUAAUUUGUGA